AAAAAAUUGAUGUUUGUCUGUUGUCGACACGUAAUCAACUAAUGCAAGUCAUCGAUGAAUAUUAAGUAAUAAGAAUAAGUACUGGUUUGAGCUUUCAUUUGAUACAUUUUAGUUGUCGAGUAAUUAUUGCUGUGACAAGUUGUGAGCAGUGGUAUAAGACACAAUAAUAAAAGGUAAAAAUGGGAAAAAUUAAGGCAGGUACUGUGGUAGAUAUCCUUGGCGAUGAAAUGACCAGGAUUAUUUGGGAUGCUAUUAAAGAAAAAUUAAUCCUACCAUACUUAGACAUUGACCUAAAAGUUUUCGAUCUAGGUAUUGAAAACCGAGAUAAGACCAAUGAUCAGGUAACCAUUGAUUGUGCGGAGGCAGUAAAAAAAUACAGUGUAGGAAUCAAAUGUGCAACGAUUACACCAGACGAAAAGAGAGUAGAAGAAUUUAAACUAAAACAAAUGUGGAAGUCCCCGAACGGUACAAUUAGAAAUAUUUUAGGCGGAACAGUAUUUAGAGAAGCUAUAAUCUGUAAAAACAUACCCCGAUUAGUAACGGGUUGGGAGAAACCCAUUAUUAUCGGAAGGCACGCCCAUGCGGAUCAGUACAAGGCUACAGACUUCGUAAUACCCGGUGAAGGAAAGCUAGAAUUAAUUUUUACCCCUCCUUCUGGUAGUCAAAUCAAACACGUCGUUCAUGAAUAUAAAGGCCCUGGUGUUGCCCUAGGUAUGUAUAACACAGACGAAUCCAUUAUACCUUUCGCUCACGCUUCGCUACAAUACGCCUUGGAAAGAGGAUAUCCCCUCUACCUGAGCACAAAGAACACAAUCCUGAAACGCUACGAUGGUCGCUUCAAAGACAUUUUCCAAGACAUUUACGACAGAGAAUACAAAACACGUUUCGAGGCGAAGAAAAUCUGGUACGAACACCGUCUCAUCGAUGACAUGGUAGCUUACGCCAUGAAGUCGGAAGGUGGUUUUGUGUGGGCUUGCAAAAACUACGACGGAGACGUACAGUCGGACUCGGUUGCUCAGGGUUACGGGUCCCUUGGCCUUAUGACCUCUGUACUCAUUUGUCCAGAUGGGAAAACCGUAGAGUCAGAAGCUGCCCACGGUACAGUUACCCGUCAUUACAGGAUGUACCAGCAAGGAAAGGAAACUUCUACGAACCCCAUAGCUUCCAUCUUCGCGUGGACAAGGGGUUUGUUGCAGAGAGCGAAAUUGGACAACAAUGCUGCGUUAGCGGAUUUCGCUAAUAAGUUGGAAGCCGUCUGUAUCGAGACUAUCGAAUCCGGUUUUAUGACGAAAGACUUGGCUAUUUGCAUCAAAGGCAUGAGCAAGGUUCAAAGGGCAGAUUACCUGGAAACGUUCGAAUUCAUGGACAAAUUAGCGGAAAACUUGAAGAAGAAACUUGGCGCUUAAGCAUCAUAUUUCAAUUUUUGUUGUAUUAUUUUUUUAUAUUUUGUAUACUUGGUGUGUAGAGAAUUUUUAUUGUGUAUAGACUGAUGUAGGAAAGAAUUAUAUUGACUCAUCGUAUCCAUAUUUGCCAUAUCUAGGUGUAUAACUUUUAUAAAGUGGUUUUGGUAAUCAUCAUUUCAAUAAAAUAUUUUAUUUUC